AGCAUAAGAGGAGAGCGCGCGGCUGCAAAGGCGGGGGAGUCUGAGGGAACUUGGGUGACGGCAACAGGGGAGCUGCGGCGCCCGCGAGGUGGCCAAGCGGGACGCGGAGAGCCGGCCGUCCACCCACUCGCAAAUAGACACGAGCUGACUCGGCGGCGGCGACGGCCACCUCAUGAACUCCUUGUGAACCUAUAAAAAGCGCGGCCAUGGACUAGGUGAAGGAGAAGAGACGGCUGGCGCGCCUGGGAGAAGACGGAAAGCCGAGAAGGGGAGGUGAAAGGCUCCUCUUUUCGCUGCGGGAGGAGGCUCACUCUUCAGAAAAGGGGACAUCCGGACCGUCGAAGGGACCGGAGCCAGAGGAGACAGGAAGUAAGUGGGAAAUUUAUUCUCUUUUCCUGGGUUGUCCCCACAAGUGCAAUGUGCAAACUUCUAAGGUCUUCAGUGCUGAUUGGGCUGAUGGCAUUGAUACUUUCAGCAGGGCAUUGUAAAGAAAAAACAGAAUCUAGUGUGGGGUUGAAGGAAAGACAAAACCUCUUAAAUCUGAUAAUGGAGAUCAUUCAAGAACUGAAAAGAUACCAUCUAGAAGAGGAUGAAGAGAAUGGAGUGCAGUACAAACAAGACUACCCACCUCUUGAUCAAAGCGAAGUGCCUGACUAUGGAACUUACUCAGAAGAACAGAAAAUUGAAAUAUUUCCUAGAGACUUAAGAAUGAAAGACAAAUUUUUAAAUCAUUUAACAGGUCACCUUUAUUUUAGCCCAAAAUGCACUAAACACUUUCACAGACUUUAUCACCAUACAAGAGAUUGUACCAUACCUGCAUAUUAUAAAAGAUGCGCCAGGCUCCUUACUCGCUUGGCAGUAAGUCCAAUGUGCACAGAAGGAUAAGAUGCUACUAUUAUCAAAGGAAACAUAUAUAAAAGAACCAAGAGAAGUGCCUUGGAAACUGACAGGGAAAUUGAACUUAGCAUUUUUGUAAUAUAUGGCAUUAUGAACCAUAGAUUUAUUUUUGGAAAUUGAUGGACUACUUCUCAUAAAUCUUUAAAAAUGUGUUUUGUAUCCCAUCAUCGCUGUUUACAGAUGCAUUCUUUAUAGUGAAAAACUACCAAAAUGUUAAUUAUUUGUUCAUGUUUUAUGCUUUAAAGUUGCUCUACAACAGUUGUGUUGUACUGCCAAAAAAAGUAACAAGUAACAUCUUUUCAAGUAUAGACAUGUUUCCCUUAAGAGACAUUACAGUCCACUGUCAAGGAAACCUGCCUUUAGAGGAAGCAUCAUUUUAUAUCUUUCUUGCUUAAAAAACUGAAAAUGUUACAUUACAAACUUUUCAUAGAGUUGUUACAGUGGUGGUCUGCUAGACAGCAUGCCAUAAGCAAGGGAUGAACAUGUUUUAGGUUAGAUUCUGCACCCACUCUAAAGUCACUUGUUUCCUGUAUAAUAGAAAUAUACAUUCCAGCUAAAUGUGCAAUAUGUACAUAUUGUAAAUUCACAAAUAUAUGUAAUAACAUGUUUUGUAUAUAAUUUGAUUCUGUUUAUUCCUUGCAUAUUCAAGUUUGAAAGAAAUUGUGCUUCGGAAGCAGAGGUAUGCAACCUGAGGUCUUCCACAUAUGCUGGAUUCCUAUUCCCAUAAGAUUUAACCAGUGUAUAUUCUGGAUAGAUUUCAGAGGCUGCAACUCAGUAGAUCUGAAGAGUACUAACUGAUCUCAAUACUUCCAUUUUAUUAAUACUUCUCAAUACUUGAGGGUUGACAAUAAGCACUAUGCAUUUAAAUAGUUCUAAUAAGAAUUAAUUUUAAUGUAACUUGGCACUGCACAGUGAUGGCAGUCAAUUACCACAGGUGUAACUGAGGGCAUAUUUCAAACCUGCCAAAUAACUCUUUCAGAGUGAAACGCUAUUGCCUGCUCAAUCAUGCUUUCAUCCUUCUCAUCCUACCAGUUAAUAAGAUGUUAACUCUAAAUUUGCUUCACCUACUUCCAUUCUAAAAUAGAUAACAUCGCUUUCAAGCUACAUAGAAUCAUGGAAUUGGAAGACAGCAUUUUGGCCACUGAUUCCAAACUCUUUCUCAGUUCAGACAUCUAAGGUUGUGUCAUCAGGAUGGUAUUUGUAUGUGCUCAAGAUUCUAAUAAAAUAAUAACAAGAUCCCUCUCCAAUCUGAUGAGAAAUCACUAUAUGAGAAUUCAUUUAAACCCACUGUGGGUCCACUUUGGGGUCAAUUAAUAGGUAUUACCAUCCAUAAUGGUACUUGGUCAAAUGCUUUACUGAGAUCAAGAUGUGUUAUACCCACAGUAUCCUUGGAAACCACAUGAUUAAAAAAAAUAGCAGUCUUAUUUGGGACAAUACUACAUCACACUACAAACAGCUUUUGUAUAUCUUUUACAACUAAAAUCAAUUUAUUUUUAAUUAACUAUAAACAUUUUAUUAUAUUUCCUAAUUAUUUAGAUUUUCUGCCCUUAAAAAAACAUAAAAGGUUCAAGUAGAAUUACAACUGAUUAAAGCUUUUUUUAAAAAAUAGCCUUAAUUUUUUCAAAUUAAAUCAAUAGGUAACAGUGUUUUUCUGUGUAUAUAAACAUUCAGUGCUGGCAUCAAUUACCCACAAAUGAGAGACAGCUUAAAAAAUACCAGAGACCUUGGGAAAAUAGUAACUUUCAAAGUCUGUUCAGAGGAAACAUCGGUAUUUAAGGAUAUUUGAGUAGAGUCUCAGGUUUGUUUAAAUAUAUUAAAAGUGAGGAAUUUGCUUGCAAUAAUCAUAAAUACCAUCGAAAUUUGUCCCAAUCAUUAACUGUAAUAAAAAUGGUUAUGAUCAAAUCAUUCUAAGUUAAAAAAAAAAAGUCUACCAAAACUUGUUGGCUAUGAAACACAAAUGUCAAAUUUACUGUAAAAUCCCUUUGUAUUCAAUUAGAUAAAGAAUUAUCAAUUAGAAUAAGAUAAACCUUGUUCAAAUAUAUUGUUCCUUGCUAACAAUAUAUUUUGCUAACAAAAAGUCCAGUUAAGGAUAAUAUAUAAAACACUAGUUUUUAAUAUCCUUAAUAAAUGUUAUAAGAAUAUAGAGUCUUAUUUUUAAGUGGUAAAUCAACAGUUAUCAUAGAAACUUUGUACAUGAUCAGGACCAGGUUUCAUAUGUCAUCUCUUUGCAUAGCUAAUUUCCAAAAUACAUUUAUAAAGUUAUUAGGUAAAUCAUAAAAUGAAAAUUUUACAAGUAAAAUAGCUUUUUCACUAUUUUAUUUGGUCUUGCACAUGCUAAUCACAUGCCUGGAAGUUAAUUAUGAUGACUGUAAAUUUAUUUGAAAUGAAUCCUGACAUUAAGGAAAGCAAAACAGGUUCCUAGAGUACGUUUUAAUAGAACUUGAGCAAAGCAUCUUAUUAAUAGGAAUUACAUCUGCUUAAAAAUGACAAAUCCAGAAGGUAACAUGAACAGCAGCGAAGUCCAUUACAGGCCUAUGAGGCUUCCUCUUUUGGGAAGACUUGAAGACACACAAAUCCUAACUCUAAAAGAGAAAGGAAAAAAAUAAUGCUGGCUUGUACUUCCCCAUUCAGUGUUUAUAAGAAUUCUCGACUCUCUGGCAACGCUCUGAAUAAUUGCAAAAUGCAGACGAAGUAUACUCUGAGAAGAAGAUGAAAGUUUUGGCAAACAAUUACCUACAACCCUCUGUUAUCUUUUAAACAAUUAACCACACAAUAUUAUACUGCAUAUACUGACAAUCAUCAGUAGAAAUGACUCAUGCAGUAUCUGCAUGGAAUCAUUGGUUUAUGUCAACAUCCUUCAGCAUGUGCUUUUUAAUAAGCAGAUCUUUGCCGGCUUACUAUGGACUUCACUGCCUGCUUCUGUCUAACAGCUUCUCUUUGGCUUAUUCUUGAUGCAUCCAUAAACAAUACUGUUUCAAAAACAGGAAGGAGCAGGUGAAGAAAAGAAAGAAACCAAUGAUUUUUCAUAAGAAAAAUCAGUAAAAACUGGCAUAAAAUGCAAAGGGGGGGGGGUUAUGGUUUUAUUUCCACUGGAAAACUAUCAACUCUGUAAGUUUUUUAAUCCUUCCCUCAGUCAUUUUAUGCCUUCCGCAAAAUAUAUACCAGGCUCCAUAAGGUUACAUUUGUAUAACGAACAAGAAUGUUAUGAUUCUCUAACAGAAAACUUGUAGUUUUUUUCAUAUUAUGGAAAUUAAGGAAGUUUACUUAUAGUCUAUUCUAUUUCUACUGGUGCUGGAGCUGUAAGGAACUGAUCAGAAUUUGAAACACAUAAUCUAUUAUUAUCUUACUUCCAAACGCUAUAAUAUUUUUUUCAAACAUUAUGUCAAUGGCCUUUAAGGCAAUUUUCUUUUAAGUUUAAAAAUAAAUAAGUGGUGAUUUACUUCAAUUCAUAUUCUUUUAAAAAAGAUUAUACCACCAGGAAAUUCUUUUGUCAGUGCAUCACAUAUUUGAUUCACAGCAUUCUAUAUGGCUGAAUAUCGUAAAAUCUUUCCUACAUUAUUAUUUUUCUUCUGGCUUACCUCCACAUCUAUAUUUUGUAUAACAUAUAGUGAUGAAAGGAUAUCAAAAUAUACUAUUUUUCAGUCAUCUAACAACUGACAAAUAAAAAUGUAGAGGGAAGUAUUUAUAACGUUUCAAUGUGAAAAGAAAAAUGUUUAGCAUACCAUAGUUAACAACAGCAAUAGGAAACAGGCCUGUGUGCCAUAUUUACAAAUCUAAGAAUUUUUAUGUAACUACAAUACAGAUAGUUUUCGACUUAUGACCACAAUUGAACCCAAAUUGAGCCCAUUUUACCUUUCUUGCCUACUAAAGUUGUUAAAUGAAUCACUGCAGUUGCCAAGCGUCUCAAUUUUGAUCACAUGACCAUGGGGAUGCUGCAACGGCCAUAAGUGUGAAAAACGGUCAUGAGUCACUUUUUUCGAUGCUGUUGUAACUUUGAACGGUCACUAAACGAACUGUUGUAUACAGGCGUUCUUCGACUUAGUACUGCAAUGGCUUAUGACCUGUGCCAGAAGUUA